AUGCGGACUAGUAACAACGAAGACACGUCUUUGCAGCCACCACUGUACGAAAAUGACAAUGAAACAUUGGUUGACAUUUUACCAUCGUUCCAGAUGCAUAACUUUAUGUUAAACCGGCCAAUUGACGAUAAGGCCAAUGUAGAUCAACCUCCAAACUAUGAAGACUCAUCGACAAUUGCAUCAACAGUGGUGUCUAGACAAACUUCCCUUGAUCCAUCAAACUUUCUUUUGAACAACCUAGACAAGCUACAAAAAAUUAAUAUGCCUUUCAAAGCAGAGAUCACGCUUACUGAGGAAUUAAACAAAGUGGGUGUACCCUUCAAACAGGCAAACCCCCUGAAAACCUACAAGCCGGGUGAUAUGGUUUACGGAUUUGUUCUUUUCCAGAAUCCAAACAACUUCCCAAUUCCCUUUGAACAGGUGAUGAUCUCCAUGGAAUGUGAUAUUGGUACAGUUUCACCAAAUGGUAAAGUCGUUAAAAAGAAAAUCAUAACGGCCUAUGAUUUAGAAGCCUCUUUCAACAUGUAUGGCGCAGAAGGAGAUAACGAUACUUAUCAUAUGUUGGAUCCAUUGGAUAAAAAUUAUCUUGGUUUCGAAAAGAGACGUUUGGAUCCAAACAUUCCUAUCAAGAAGUUCUUCAAGUUCAGAAUUCCUCAUUAUGUGUUGGAUGAUUGCUGUGAUUCACAGCUUUGGGAGCAUUUGAAAACACCACCGUCAUUUGGAUUGAAUAAGAAAAGUGCUCGAAACACAGCCGCUGCUCUUAAAAUCGACAAUCAUCUAGGAUAUGGAAGGUUUGAUAACCCGUCUUCUCCUAUGGUUGUUAAGGAUUAUGCUCCCCCAAAUCAAUUUGUCUCCUUCUACAUUAGUGCUCAAUUCAUUGGUAAGAAGUUGGAUCUUUAUAAACGUUUCUAUACCAAGAGCACGCAUCACAACUAUGAUUUCAUUUUCUUGAAAAACGUGGAGCACCAUUUCCGUGUCACUAGCUCAGUUCCAGAGGAAGAACCCAUGCGAUUGAUAAGCUCCACUGAUGAGCAGCUACGAUUGUUGGAGAAUCAAGCAAUUGAGGCUAUUGAGGUCAUGACUGAGCGGGGAAUGUUGAACAAGGUCGGUGUCACUGCAUUGCAGGAGCAAGACGAAAUUAUUUUCAGCUCCAACGGAAAAGCAAAGCAACAGUAUGAUGUCACUGCUGAUUCUAUAUGUAAAAAGUAUAAACCAGAUUUGUUCACUAAAUCAGUCCAGAUACACUUCAAGAAAGAUUUAUUUUCCAAGAUGUCAGGUACAUUAAAUAUUGAAUUUCAAGUACGAGAAGCAGUGAAACUUCAAUCCUUUUUACCUAGAUUAUUACAGCAGACAAUUACUGCUUCGGAAAUUGUACCACCCACAAUCCAAUUGUGUUUAGAGUUCAUUUCUUCAGAUUUUGCCUCAAAGCCACCUUCAGUGCUAAAAAUUGAACCUAACGUUAUUGCUGUCGACUUAGAAUCCCAUUAUUCGUUACCGGUUACUUUUGAUAGCGACUUUGUCCUGCAGGAAAGAAAGGCUGUCACUUCUACAAUAACCAAGUUUGCCUUGUACUAUAACAAGCUGAAUUAUAUGGCCAAAGAGGGUAAAUUUGUGGUUCCGAAAACUGUAUACCAUGCCUUGCGAGGCUUAGGGCAUGCCAAGUACAAUGAGACAUAUAUUCCCCAUGUUUUCAAAAAUUACUUAAUGACACCAAAGUGGGAAUAUGAUUCCGUAUCCCACAAAUAUAGGGCGUUCAUAAGCUUGACUCUAGACUACGAUAGCAAGGCAUUACAAUCCCAACCAAAAGCGUUAGUUCCAAGCUUCCAAACCUGCUUGAUGGCAAGACUAUACAAAGUCAGGAUGGAUGUCAAAAUCAAGAAGAAGAUGUUGUCCUCGUACUUGCCUGCUGUAGUUGUGUAG